AUGGCAAGCAAGAUGAGUCAAAGCACCACUGUGGAGGUGUCAGCAGUGCGCCAGUGGCUUCGCCGAGAUAAGGCACCGCUGCCAUGCAGCGCCGCCUUCGAUCAAGGGGCCGGGCUGCGCGAGGUCUCCGUUAUCAAAGCCAUAGAGGAGUAUCUCGCCUAUCACCAGAUGCAGGAGCCCUUAGCCUCUUUCGUCCAAGAUGUCGAGCGUGUUGGGCUGCUGCGCAGUUCCAGCGCAUUGAGUGUUGUACGAGAGGUCGAGGAUGUUCUGUGCAGUUUCGACGCUGGCGAUCGAGAAAGGUUCAGCAUGGCUUGGGCCCGCCUCACCUUUGAAUCGGAAGCCAACCUGCAGCUUCGGCUUCAGGCCAACUUUGCAAUCCACCGAACAAGACUUUUGCUCCAGGACGGCCGCGAGCCAGAUGCAGCGGAGAUGCAGCAGGAUCUGGAGCCUUUCCUUGCCUUUCUCAAUGAACGUGGUCUAGACGAGAUGAGCGGAGAUGAAGCUCUGAUGCCGCUCUUUGCUCUUCCUUUUGUACAGCAGCCGCACCUGCAUCCGGAUGUGCGUGAGGUAUUCUCAUCUCGCUGGUUCCAGGACCUUCGGCGAGAUUUGGAAGCUGCUAUUCGAUCUCAGAAGCCCAUACCACGGAUUUAUGACAUUCUUGAGCACUCGCCGGUAACAGAGCACGGAAAGCGGCCGUGGCAGUCGGUGUGGGCAGAGCUGAUGCGGCUGGCAGAUGCCAGCCUCGAUGCCAUGGUGCUGCUUGCACAGGGAAGCCCUGUCCCGCCGGUUCUUUCGACAGCCAGGCAGCAGCUGGAAUUGCUUCGUGAGCAUAUUCCCGGAGGUCUUGAAGUGCAGCUGAAGUCCCACUUCGAGAGGCCUGGUGGCUGUCCUAUGAGCCCAGCACGCAGCGUCCGCAGCCGGGCAGCCACGGCGCGACCGCAACUGGCACACCAGCUCGACUUUGGCGCCUUGAAAAGGUUCUUCUGCGCAGCACCGCAGGAGCGGCGCGAGGCCUGCGGGGAGGUUGCCGCCACACUUCCUCAAGUAUUGCGGGCUGUGCUCCAGCGGCUCGCUUCUGCAGAGUCACCGCUCCCCCAACGUCGGGGCUUCCUGGUCGCCAUCACCUGUUUCGAUGUGCUCGGGGUUCGCGACCAGCCAGAAGCUUUGCCUGCUCUCUUGGACGAGGUCUCAGAGUUGACGCUUGGCAUCUUGGCGGUGCUCGCUUGUGAGGCGGUUGGACGGAGCUACAUUGUUUCCAGCCGUGCCAGCGUGACUAGGAUGGUAGAUUUGCUGAAGUCAAAGCCGCUCGAUUCGUCAAUCCACAUCCAGGCACUUGCUGCAAUGCAACGCCUGUCCUUGAGAAGGUCUGCGCAGGACUGCAUGAUCGAGAUGGGCAUGGUCGAAUGGGCCAUACAUGUGCUUUGUUCGUCGCAAGAGGAGGGUGCUUCCCGCUCCCCCUCUGAGUUCUCCCUGGAAUUUGGCUCCGCCAUGCUCAUGAACUUGGCCCUCCGCUCGACCGGCAAGCACAAAUGCUUGGAUCAAGAUGUGCUCCCCAUGGCCAUGAAGCUCAUGGAGCAUUGGAAUCCACAAAUCAGGACUCACAUCAAUGGGACGCUGUACUCGCUGCUAUCUCUUGCGGGCUUUCGCGAGUCAGCUCGCAAUGCAGGCUUGGAAGCCGCGCUUCGUUCGAUUCAUCGUCAGGCAAGUAGCCUUGGCGAUGAGAUCGCAGUUCGGCAGAUUGAAUACUUGCUGGAGCAAUUGAACCCUGAGCUUGAAGAGGAGUCUUCCCCCAUCAGUGCGGAGAGUGGAGAGGAUGAUGAAGAUGACGAUGAAAACUUCUUAGAGGAGGAAGAGCUGGCUGGUCUUCUACUGGGAGAUCGGUGUGGCCAUUCGGCCGAGGAAGCCCUCCGCCCCUUUGCCGGCAAGCCAGCGGUCCUAGAGGUUCAGCAGCGCGAGUUUGAAAGUUGUGUGGGUCGCAACUACAUGCAGUCUUUGUAG